AUGCCCUCCCCACAGCCGCUGCUGCUGAAGCCCGGUGGCAGCAAAGACGUGCACGGCUUCGUCACGCCGGACGCCUCGGGGGUGAUCUCGCUCAGCCAGAACCAGCAGAUCAUCGUCGCGUGUCCCGGCAACAUCGUCCAGGCCACGAAACAGCCGCAAGCGACAGCCUCCUGUGUCUCCGGCUCCACUUUUUCCAUCAAUGGGAAGUCGUACAACUUCACUGAUCUCGCAUGCAACUCCAUGCCGAAGCCGUCGGAGCGGAUUCCGGCCCAAUCGUGCGGGAGCAGAGGACAGCACCAGGUGGUCCAGCUGGGCUUCCAGGUCGGCUCCGACUUCUACACGCUCAUCGACGCCUGCUUCGACAAUCGCUCCUACAGCACGGUGUACGACCACUUCACGAUGGUCGCCGAAAUAGGGGGCAAACAGAACGAUUCCAGCAGGCCCAAAUUGUUACGUGGCACCUUCUUCAGCAACAUUGACAUGGAGUAUUAUUACAAUAGAACCACCCAAGUCAACACGGUCGGCAGGCUGCUAGGGGACCCUAAGCUCGGGUCAAAGUACAUUUCUGAAAUAAACUCCACUUCUGCAAGGAAAAACUACUUCCUUUCCAAAGGACACCUCACUGCUAGGACUGAUUUCAGUCUCGUCGCGCAGAGGUACGUCACGUUCUUCUACAUGAACUUUGCGCCGCAGUGGCAAACAUUCAACGGUGGCAACUGGGGGACCAUGGAGAAGAAUGUACGUUCCUAUGCUGCGAGUAACGGAACCGAGCUGGAAAUCUACACGGGUACACACGGCAUCACAACGCUGCCCAGCAAGACGAAUUACCAGACGGAUUUGUUUCUUUGUAUUGACGGCGGCAACUACAUCCCAGUGCCGAAGCUCUUUUGGAAGAUUGUGUAUAAAGCGAUUACUAAGGCAGCUGUAGUGUUCCUGGGUGUAAACAACCCGUACAUUAAGAACCCUGGCUCUGACUACUACAUCUGCAAAAACGUAUGCCCAAAUAUCACCUGGAUAAAAUGGAAGCCCAAAAGCCAGAAGGAGGGCUACUCGUACUGCUGCGAAUAUGCAGACUUCGCGAAAUCUGUGGCCGACGCACCCAGCCUCAUCGUUACCUCUCUGCUUACGUAA